AUGUAUUUCCCAAAAUAUGAUGGAAAUAUACAUCCAGACGAAUGGAUAAACGACAUUCAAAAAUUUCGACAUAUUCAUAAUUUGAAUGAUUUUAAUAUAUUAAAAACUGCUAUAUUAUUAAUAGACCCCACUAUCAAACUCCCAGCAAAAAUUAGUAAUAUUGAAGAACUUCGUAAUGCAUUAAAAGGAAACAUUUCUUUUGCGGUGUUUAGGAAUACAAAUAAAAGAAAAUUGCAAUUAUUAAAAUAUAUUCCUGAAAGUAGAGGUGGUGAUACUUCAAAAUUUAUUUCAAAAUUUUUCAAAUUAUGUUAUAAUGCAGAAAUUGAUGAUGUAGAAGAACAAAAAAAAUAUCUUUGUAAAUCACUUCCAAUGAGUUAUUAUUUUUCAACCGAAUUUUAUAAAAAAAUGAAAGAUGUGAAUUCAAAAAAUGAAUUAAUUAAAGAAUUUGAAAAGAUUGUUGUUGAAGAAUCAAAUUUAAUUAAAAAUGGAUCUAUUGUAGCAAUAAAACAUGUUGCUACAGGAAAAUAUUUAAUUUCGGCUGAAAAUUUAAUGUAUACAACUGGGAGUUAUAAUCAAUUGAUUUUUGUAGGAAGUCAAGUACCUGGACCAAAUUCUUUAUGGAAAAUUGUAUUUGAUAAAGAAUUAGCUACUUACAACAAUACUUCAAUAAAGUUUCAGCACAUCAAAUCUGGUAAUAAAUUUCUUGGAAUACAUUAUGAUCGUUAUAUCUUACUUGAUUAUUAUAAAUCUCCUUCAACUAAUCUUACAGAAGUGGGUUGUUGCGAUUAUUCUAGCGAUAAUUGUUGGGAUGACAGUUGGAAAUUUAAUGAUAGUGAAUUAGAAGAUCAUCAAGGAUAUUUAAAAUCAAAUGAUAUUAUUAAUCUUAGUAUUGAGAAACGUUAUGAUAAUAACAAAGUUGAAUUUUUACGUAGUCAUGAUAUUCCAUUUACUGUUGGGAAUGAUACCUUUCAAGAAGUUAUUUGUCAUAAUGAAAGUUUAGAAGAAAACGAUGAAUGGUGUAUUGAGCUUAUUAAACAACAUAAUUGGACCAUAGAUAAUUUACAGUCUUAA